CACCAGCUGCUAAGAGAGGGCUGCGAUGCAAUAAAAUUUGGCCCUCCCCCUGCUCCAGCUCCCUCCCCCAGCCAGAGAGAGAGAGAGAGAGAGAGAGAAUGAGAUAAGCCUACAUGUCAGGGUGAGCAGACACUCUCAGGCACAGCGGAACCGGAGCUUUGCACUGGUGAAGGUGAACUGUACUGGAGGUCAGUGGACUUACUGGGCUCACAGGUUGUAGUGCAGGACUUCUACUGGGAACAGAUGGACUGAGCUUGCUGGUGACUUCUCAUACUUUUUUGGGUUUGCCUAAAGAAUGCUCACCUUUGUCUUCAAGAGAUACCCGAUGAUACUUUGUGCAUGUGUAUGUGUGUUUUUUUUGUUUGAUGAUCUUCACUGAGGUGGAACAUGCGCACGGCCGAUGGCUGACCCCGAGGCAGGCUCCAGAGCACACAGCGAGGGACUCCAGUAAACUCUCAGUGGGACAGUAAAGGGCCAAAGGCUCAUGAGUGCACCGCUUCCUUGCUCUCUGUUGUGAGCUGUCAUCCUGUCCUGAAAGGACACCAGAUUCCAAGGCCAUUUCGUUUUGAGGUGAGAGGACGAUAAGGUGGGAUCACUGGGUACAGGCAGCGGAGGAGACGAGUGUCUACCGGAGUAAACGCCGUGAUGGAUUCUGGACAAAUGGCGGCCGUCGGGGAGAGCCCCCUGGAGGGGGAGACGGUGUGUGCCGCUCUGGCCCGCUACGAGGCCACGCUGCAGGCCGCAGUUCGCGAGCUUCACGCCGACGUGGGAGCCUUCAAGGUGGGUGUGGAGCGACGCCUGGAAGAGGCCGACCGGCUAACGGGGCCCCUGGGCCGCGCCGUGGCCCAACUGCAGCUGGAGAACCGGCAGCUCCGUGGUCAGCUGGAGGUGCUGACGCGCCGCGUGGAGGAGCUGACGGGGACCGUGUGUGACCGGAGCGCCCUGCUGGAAUGCAGUGCCGCCCGUGAUACGGCCCGCCCCCACGCUUGUGUGGAGGGCUCCCCCCAGCCCGUGGGUCAUCGGUCCCCAGCAUCCCCCUCUGCUGUGAUUCCCCCUUCUGUGGACUCCGCCCCCAGCCCCGGUUCCGGUCCUGCUCACGGUCCGACAGCAACUCGAUUCUCCAGCCGGGCCACGUUCGCCGUGUUCAACAAGUCUAAUAGCAUAGAAAAAGAAGAACCUAUUGAGGUGGACCCCAUCCAAACAAACCCCAUGCUGGAGAAUGGACACCAAGUAACCCCAGAAAAGCCUGUAAGAUCACAGGAGCUGCGGUCUCCAGCCAAUGACGGUCCGCAGGAGCACCCCGCUCCCGUGGCCAGGUCACGGCCACACCUACCAAAGACGUCUGAUCCACCUGUGAGCUCGGUAACCAAGAACCAGGAGCUGCUGACCAGCCCUACCCGAGUCCCGCCUCCUUUUCCCACGGAGCCUCAGCUGUCCAGCCAGCUGGCAUCCAGUGAUCCCCUGCGCCAGCCAGCGCCACAAUCCCAGGUGCCUGCUGUGAAGAGCUGGACUCCAAGCACAAUGAAAACAAUGCUCUCUCCUCUUGUCACAGACAGGGCUUCCUCGAUGCCCUCCAAAUCAGUGACAUACUGCCCUGUCACACCCCCCAGCGCAGAGAGGGAGACGUUCUCAGGCGGGGGCACGGAGAGCAGACGGGAUUUGGUGAGAUCACAGACACUGCCGCGUUCUGCCGGAGCGCAGGCGCGCCGCGCGGUGUUCGAGAGACUGGACUCUGACCCGAACAGGCCCAAACCCCUGGACUCCAAGCCCAAACUGAAGCGCUCACAGAGUUUUGGGGUCUCGAGUGCCAGCAGCAUCAAGCAGAUUCUCCUGGAAUGGUGUCGCUCCAAAACCAUUGGCUACCAACNCAUCGACAUCCAGAACUUCUCUUCAAGCUGGAGUGAUGGUUUGGCCUUCUGUGCUCUGGUCCACUCCUUCUUCCCCACUGAAUUCGACUACAACACACUGACCCCUACCGACUGCAAGCACAACUUUGAAGUGGCCUUCAGCACUGCUGAGGCCAAGGCAGGCUGUGACCGGCUCAUCGAGGUGGAGGACAUGAUGGUGAUGGGGCGCAAGCCUGACCCUAUGUGCGUCUUCACAUAUGUUCAGUCCCUCUACAACCACCUACGUAGGUUCGAGUGAGGGACUGGGCAUCCACCGUCCCUCAUCACAGCCCAAACCCCACCCACUUUGGUACGGAAAGGUCUCCACGGUACCACCCUACCUUCCUGUACGAUUACCCUGAACCAUCCGGGAACUGACCGGUGUCACAUUACCUCGAGUUUGGCUAUGCUGCAGAAUUUUCCAGAACAGGAAAAACCACAAGCCGGACCGCUAUUGCUAAUCUUGCUGUAGUGCCCCACCGCCACUUUUUAUCUGCCGUCCCCCCCCCCCCACAGCUCCCCGGCUGCCUGGCAUAGGAAGAGAUUUGGUAGGGUUGACUGGGGCCCCAUGGGGCUCAUGGACGGCUGAGUAACGAGCCGCAUGCUUGAGCCUCCCUGCUUCCCAGGGGUAGCGAGAACUUGUGUGAAAAUGAUCGGACUUUUACGGUCAUGUGGUGCCGGGCUGCGAUCAGAAUGAACCAUUUCCAGUGCUUCUACAGCCAUGUCGAUCAUGCCAUACAACAAAAAAUGCCUAUUGUAAACCUACUAUAGCCACAGCCCUUGGGGAUGGGUCAGGGGUCAGGGGUCAGGGGCAGAAGAAUGUGGAGGUAGUCACGGUUGUUUUUUUUUCUUUUUUUGGCUUUUGUUUAUUAUUAUAAUUAAGGUUAUUAUUGUGAUUGUUAUUUUCAUUCACGGGUGCAUUGUAGGUUUAUAGUACUCUAGUUUAAAUGAUCCCCAGGUGUGUCACUGAAGUGCCUGUGCUUUUCUCACCAUAGCCAAUGGGUGGCACCUUUUUGUAAGACAGGGAAGAACCAUGUGGCUCCCAAACGGACUGUUUGUUUGCAGCCCUUUGUAGCAGCCAUUUGUUAAUGUGUGUUUCUGUUUCUGUUUGAAUGCGUGCGUGCGCGUGCGUGUAUGUUCUAGUCCGAAAAGUGCCACACAGAAACACAAAGUAUCUCUGCUUGUCAGCAGGAUCUCUGUGAUGAAAAGAUUGCUGGUGCAGAACAAGAUAACCAAAAUAAAAACAUCCAUAUUGACAUGU